AUGCACAUCAUCCUCCUCGGCACCCUCGACACAAAGCGUGACGAGGUGCUGUACCUCCGCUCCCAACUACACCAGAAUGCUCAACGCUUCAACACGCCCCUCGAGAUUACACUCAUCGACGUUGGCAUCAGAGCCACAGAAGACCCCGAAAUCAACAUAUCCCACACAGAUCUCCUAACAAAAUACUCCCCCGAUUCCGAAGAUACCAAAAAAGACCUCUUCGCCCUCCCCCGCGGCGAAGCAAUCAAGUACAUCACAGCCUGCGCCACAAACUGCGUCUCGCAUAUUCUGAAGACAAAUCAGGUCCACGGCAUAAUCGGCACAGGCGGUAGCGGGGGAACAAGUAUAAUAUCUGCCGUCAUGAGGACUGCGGCACCCAUCGGUUUACCGAAAUUGAUCGUUUCCACCGUCGCCUCAGGGAAUACAGGACCCGUUGUCGGCGAAACAGAUAUGACGCUCAUGUACAGCGUCGUCGAUAUAGCAGGGAGCAAUCAGCUCCUCCGCAAUGUAUUAGGCAAUGCGGCGGGCGCCAUGGCAGGCAUGGCGAGCGCAUAUGAGGCCCGUCUGGAAUCCCAAGCCCAAAGCAGAGAGACGCCAAGUAAAGAGGAAAAGAUCCGAGUCGGGAUAACGAUGUUCGGCGUGACGACGCCCUGUGUCGACGCAAUCAGGUCCCAUCUGGAAAACAACUACGACGUCGAGGUCUACGUCUUCCAUGCCACGGGACACGGCGGGAAAGCCAUGGAGCGGCUGGUGGACGAGGGGCAUCUCGACGCGAUUCUUGAUCUCACGACGACGGAGAUCUGCGAUUUUAUUGCGGGUGGUGAGAUGGCGUGUGAUGAGGCGAGACUGGAGACGAGUUUGAAGAAGGGCAUUCCGACGAUUAUAUCGGUUGGGGCGACGGAUAUGGUGAAUUUUGGACCGAAGGAGAGUGUGCCGGCGAAGUAUAGAGAGCGGAAGCUAUUUGUGCAUAAUCCUACUGUUACGCUUAUGAGGACGAGUAAGGAGGAGUGCGAGGCUGUCGGACGGUUCAUUGUGGGCAAGGUGGAUCAGUUUGCGAAGAAGCCGGAUCUCGUUGAGGUCUGGAUUCCUCGUGGCGGGGUUAGUGCGAUUUCGAGGCCGGGGGGUGCUUUUGAGGAUGCUGAUGCGGAUGGGGCUCUUGCUGAGUCUGUUAGAACUGGGUUGCAGGGGAAGGUCAAGGUUGUUGAGGACCAGAGGGAUGUUAAUGAUGGGGGCUUCGCGGUGGACGUUGCGGAAAGGCUUAUGGCGUUGGCGAAGGAGGCUGGUCUCAUCUAA